GGCCUCAAGCUCUGCCGGUCAAAAGUAACAGUACAGUAAGCAGGCGGUUGUAGAAGUUGUUGCGUUCGUUAAAUCGGGCUUUGCGCCCGUUAACGGUGUGUUUGAAAUGCACUUUAACGCCUCAUCUGACUCGUGCUCGAAACAUGUGCUGAUUGAGCUGUCGGAGCCCCGGGGUGUGAUGCGGGGUCCGGUAACGGGCGCCGCGGUGUCCGGUGUGAGCCUCGCGCUGAUUGCUGCCGCGCUCAUCUACGUGUGUCAACGGAAACGACUGUUCAUCUUUACUGCACCGUGUGGAGGUGUGCGGAGGCGUCUGGAGGAGUGUGAGGAGGAGAGCGACGGCGACAGCGAGAGCUGCGGGCCGCAGACUCAACCGGAUGAAGGAGAUCAGUGGACGCUGAACAGAGACGUGGCUGCGUUUGCACUGAAGGCCAGGGUGGUUUACCCCAUCAGCCAGAGAUACAGGCCGCUAGCAGACGGAGCCUCAAACCCGUCCCUGCAUGAGCCGUCCAAGCGCCCUGCCCCGCCCAGCCAGGACUCCGCCUCCUCGCUAGGUGAUGAUUGGCUGAGCCAAGAGAGGGGCGAUGAUGAAAGCAGUCAGUUCGUCUCCUGCGGCCCCUCGUCUAAAACACACGCCAGUCACGUGUUCAGGAGAGUCCAGCAUUACCCACAAACCGCCUGUCACUCACGAGUCAGUUUGCUGUGUUUGACUCUCGAGGAACUGCAGCGCCAGACGUCACGACUACAGCAGGAGAAACACAGGAUGUUCCUGCAGAUUCUGCGUGUGUUGCUGGACGAGAGAGAACAUGCUGACAUCAUCCAGGAGGCGGAGCUGACGACGAGAGGAGUGUCUGUGGAUGAGGGGGCGGAGUCAGGCACGGUCAGGUGUUCUGUGCAGGAGGCGGAGCUGCUGACGAGAGGUGUGUCUGUGGAUGAGGGGGCGGAGUCAAGCGUGGUCAGGUGUUCCGUGCAGGAGGCAGAGCUGCUGACAAGAGGCAUGUCUGUGGAUGAGGGGGCGGAGUCAGGCGCAGUCAUGUGUUCUGUGGAGGAGGUGGACAAAGCAGGACGGGAGCAGCUGGAGCGAUCACUGCAGAUGGCUGUGAGUUUUGCAAAGCAGUUGGAGCGGCUCGGGCAGAAUCUUCAGCGCAGGUUUUCCAGUGACAUCUCAGAGGAAGUGAUGCGUAGCAUCAUCGGAUGCCUGCAAGCGAUGGAGGACGUUCUCGCUGAGGUUCAGGCGUCUGUUCUGCAGAUGCUAUUGGACAGGAUGGAGUGCUGGCAGGAAGUGUCCGACUGCCUGAGAGAAAGGACCGCCCUCCUGAAACAGGAGGCGGAGCUUAUGGUGAAAGUUACCGGCCAAUCAGUAGAGCAGCUGAGAUCUGAUGGACAGCUGGAGAAACAGAUUCUAAGUGACUUCCAGACUGCAGUUAAUGAAGCGGUGGAUCAGAGCGCUGAUGCGGUCAGACGUCAGACGGAGGCGCUGGCACUCGAGCGCGUUCAAAAGGGCUGUGUGAGGAGGAGGAGGAUGAUGAAGGCUCAGAGCUCCGAGUGGAGUCACGUGUCAGACUCACAGACAGACGCCCGUCUCAUGAUGAAGGCGUUUGCGGAGCUGCAGACGAGACACUGGCAUCAGAGGAGAGACUUCGAGCUGCAGCAGGACGCCAGAAUCACUGACGCUCUGUGUGAACGCUGGACGAGUUUGUUUGGUAAGUGCCGCGAACGCUUGGCUGAUUUGUGCGCAGAGUUUGUCCUAAGCAGCAUUGCUGCAGUCUCCGCCCCCUCUCAAGUCUUCGCCCCCUCUGAAGACCACUGCCAAUCAGUGCUGAAGAGCAUGAAGCUCACCGUGACCAAUCAGAUGCAACGAGAGGAAAGACACGCCCACACACACCUGCGCAGGCUCCGAGAGCAGCUGCAGCGACGCAGACAGGUGUGGCUGGAGGACGAGGCUUUGACUCGCUCGUGUCUGGAUCACUUUGGAGAACAGCAGCGUGCGGUCGUCAAGGCGAUGGUUUCCAGGCAUGCAGACAUGCAGAUGAGCUGUGCUCUAAUAGAGGAGCAGCAGCAUCUUCUGAUCCUGGAGUUUCAGAGAAUUUUAGCAGCUCGAUGUUUUUACCUGCGAUCAGUGAAAGAGAUGAAGCUGACCGUACAGUCCGACACACAGGACUCCUGUGUUGCCGUGGAAACCGUCCCCUCUGAAGAGGCUGUGAUUGGUCAGAAUCUUCUGCACGAGCAGCUGUCAGAGCUGGAGGCGGUGGCUGACAUGCUGCAGGGACACGCCCACUUCCUGCUUGGCCACGCCCUCGCCCGCACCGUGCGCCUGCAGAUCAGCGGUGUGUCUGCUACAGACCGACAGGUGAAGGAGCGGCUGAUCGACGCCGUGUGUGAAAGUGUCCAUGUGACACGGGAUUCAGUUCAGUCUCUGAUCCGUGAAUAUUACCGUGGGAUCCGGAGCACGAGCCUGACGCCACACAGCAGUGCAGCCGAGGAUACAAACACACAGACAGAGAAGACGGACUGCACUAGAGCUCUACAGACACAACUCAACAACUGGACCAGAAAACCCACAUCUACUGAAUUACAUCACAGGGUUGUUGAGCUGAAGAGGACGUGUCUGACCGAGUUUCAGAAAGAUCUUCACUGUCCAAUGAAAACACACAACUACAGACAACUCAGAGAUGAAGAGGAGGCGUUCAUGCGUCGACUGGCGUCUUUAGCACGAGUGUCUCUCAGCAGUCUGAACAAGGAUGAUUUUACAGCAGAAAGCUUGGGCUGAUGACCAUCAGAGACCAUCAGAGACCGUGAUCCUCAUCCUCUUGACUGAUUCGGUCUUCAGCUGAACGUCCAGCAGAAUGAUGCAGAGCACAGCGCUUAAAGUCAAUCAAAAUUACACACUGUUUUAAAGUAAAAGCAAUAGGAAGGAAAAUGGAAAAAUACACAAUGAUUUUUCUUAUUUAACCCAACAUGUCUGCGUGUUUUAUGUAUGUUGCACACUGUUGGUGUUCAUGUCUGGUUUGUCAUGAUUAGGGUUAGGGGGUUAUAUUAUAUUAUAUUAUAUUAUAUUGUAAUAUAAACAACUUCAAUCAUGAUUCAUCAGUUGUUUAACUCACUUGCCCUCUUAUAAACAAAUAAUUUUAAAACUUUAAGACUUUUAAUCAGUUAUUACAUUUGAUUUCUGACAUAUUUUCUGAUGAUACUGGAUAUAGACACCGGGAAUGUUAUAAAUUCAAGACCAGACUUGUUGCUAUUAAGAGAAGCAAAGAUUGCUAAAAAUCCAAAAGAUAUCUUUAUUGUUAAAAAGGAUAAAUGCCUUGUUGCUCAGAUUCAAAAAAAUUAAAUCAGCCUUUUAUGAUGGUUUUUAUAGCUGUGAAUUUAAUAUGGAUCAUUGUGACCCCUUCACAAAAAUGACAAACAUCAGCUGUCCUGAGCUAUUCAUUUAGAGCAGUUUUCAUUUCUGAAACUGAUGUUCUGAUUCCUGAGGAUCUGACCGAAUCAAAGACCUGCGGCUCAUGACUGACGAAAGCCACAGUUUGAUCGUAUUUCACUGUACUUCUGCUUGUAUGGACCCUUGAACUCGGGACAGUAUAAUAAACACGUUCUGUCUGUGUUAAAAGUAAUGCAUUACAAUAUUGUGUUACUUGUUUACUUUUGAUGGAAAGUAAAGAGUUAUGUUACUUUG